CCGAGUUGGCGCGUGGAUUCGAAGCGAAGAUGGAGUUGAUGCGCGCGGUACAGUUGUUGAAGUUAAACGCCGUUUCUGCAGCUUGGGUAGACACAGUCUGGGACUUUGAGUUUGCUGAUAUCGAGCCUCUGGACACUGCCAUUGAAGAGGAUAUAAAAGAAGACUCGAGUGUCUUUAAGAAAGUUUACAAGCAGUUGCUACCGUUGUCCAAUGACAACGACAACACAGAGAGUGUUUGGAAGGUGUUUGCAGAGAACGGGGUUUCUGUGAAGACACUGGUGGCAGUGCUGGCCAGCUUCGUCCUCGGAGGAAAAGCCAAAUCCCCCAGUGUUGAGCAGAGACGGUACAGCCUACAGGCUGCUGCCCUAUACCUACUGCUUCUUAGAAUCCCAGGCAGCGUUGCCAAUAAAGUCUUCCAUCAGAUUCUGUUUGAUACAUGCCUGGACGUUGUGCUGAAAUGCUGGCCUCAGAGCUCUGGGAAGAAACGCAAGAAGGAUUCUCUGAAGAGCUCUCAAGGCGACCCCAAGAGUGGCAAACGGUCCAAACCUCCAAAGAAAGCCUCAGAGGAGAUGGAGAUUGAGGAGGAGGAGGAGGAGGAGGAAGAUGAAGAAGAGGUCUAUUUCUCAGCCCAGGACCUGCUGAGGCUGAGGGACGACGUAAUCUGCCUGGUCCGAACACUUCUCCGGCUGCUGGAGAGAUUUUCACUGAAGGACAAACCACAGAGUGCCGACAGCUGCGUGCGGAUAUUCACUGAACUCACCAACUUUGAGCCUGUUGUUGGGGAGCUGUCAUUUAGUGAGAAACAAGAUGUUGACCAAUUGGAGAGCCUCCCUGAACUAGCCUAUCGUGGCUUUUGGCUCCUCUGCUCCUCCAGUCACGGUGAAGGAAAUGAGUGUCGUCGCCGCGUCUUCCACCGGCUCCUCUACGUCAUCCUGAUGAUGAGGAAGGGGGACAGGGCUAAGCAAUGCCUGCUGCUGCCGCCCUCGCAGGCCUCCUUUAGCGCCCGGGACCAGGCCGUGCGCUUCAUCAGCCAUGUUGUAGAUGAACAGCCGGAGGCUGCAUUACCCCUGCUCCGGAUCCUUCUACAGCACAUCUGCCACCAGAUUGUGGAGAAGACGGAGUAUCGUGCCAGUGGAGCGCAGGCUGUGGGGAGGUUGGUGGCCAAGAUGCCUCUUCAGGACUACGCCACCUUCGUUAAGUGGCUGCACAGCUACUCCCACAGCCCCAGGGUGGCGUUCCGCAUGUUUGCGCUGGACGUGGCGCUGGUGCUGCUGGCCAAGGAGGAGCAGGAGGACAGCGAUGCCCUCCCCCCAGAGCUUGCCCCCUACUUGUCGCACCGCUUCCUGGUGCACCACCUGGUCUACGGGCGCUGCUCUGACCUGUCACCCACCGUCAGGGGUCACGCCUUGCACUGCCUCGCUCAGUGCCUGGACCUGUCCACUCCCAACACCAGCAAGGGCAUUCACGAGCUCUUCUCUUCCUCCUCGGCCACAGGUGCCCCGAGUCUGCUGGAAACAGGCCGCUCCGAGCAGACGCUGAAGAGGACGGACAUGGCCCAGAAGACAGCGCUGACCUUCCGCACCAUAGAGCUGAGCAAACACAGGAGCCUGGCAGUGACCAGCCGCCGCAGUCCCGGCCCUGACACCACGGCUGUCGAGAAUCAGGAAACAGUGGCUCUGUUCAGACAGCGAGUCAGCGACCCCAAAACCAAUGUCAGGAAAUGUGCGCUUGAGACCAUCAUGAGUCUGCUGAAGCACGGCGUGAUCCCGUGUAGUCCGGAGAAUCUGGCCAUCCUGUCGGAUCGAUGCCGAGAUCCAGCCGUGUCAGUGAAGAAGAAAGCCCUGCAGUCGCUCAUGGGCCUGCUGGCGGCAUUGUCUGACAGCGCUGAGGUGCAGAAGGCGUGGCUGCGUGGCGUGGUUCCCGCGGUGAUUGACUCAGAGAGCUCCGUGCAGGAGAAAGCGCUCGAAUGCCUCGAUCACGUCAUCCUCACACACAUCAAGAGCCACAUCAACUAUCGCCAAGGUGACACCUCCCAGAGACUGGCUUGGGACUUGCUCAGAAUGAUGUGUGACAAGUGUCAUGACCUCAGGCAUUAUUUCAGUAAGGCCUUCAGCGUGUGGGCAAGGCAGCAGAGGUUCACCUCAGAGUUCGUGAACAGCCUGAUCUGGCACACAGAAGGUGACCGUGCCCCGGGGGCGUGGCUCCUGCUGGCCAAGGUGGCAGGCUCCGCCUCCAAACUCAAAUACGGCACCAUCCUGGAGGCCUGGGACUGCACCGUCAGGUCUCCAGUUGUCAACGUGGAGAUGACCUGCCAUAUCCUCUCUGUUAUUGGUCACAUCGCAGCCAGUCUCGAUGAGGAUACCAAGAGUAGGCUUGUCGCUGAUCUUAUGGGCUGGCUAAAGAGCUUCAGUCUGCCUCUGGAGGUGAUCAGCUCCAGCGUGGACGCCAUCUUCUGUCUCGGCCAAUCGGCCAAUGUCAAGGACACCAUGAGCUUCCUGAAUGAGUUCUGUGGGGAGCUGGUCUCGGUGUGUGAGGACUACCUGUCCGGCGUGCUCUUAAGCGAGAAAGGGGCAGAGAACCUGAACGAGGAGCUGCUGGUGAAAUAUCUGUACACUCUGGGCGUGGCCUCCCUGCACUGCCCUGCCAGAGUGCAGAAGAGGGUCUUUCUCCUCGUUCAGUCAAUUCUCACAUCGUCCGAGCAGACCGCGCCUGAGGGAGGUGCGGACCUGCCUGCCAGCCAGCCUCUGACUCAGUUCAAGUCUUCUUUGCCCACUGUGGUCCGAGCUCAUGCAGUCAUCACACUAGGGAAGCUGUGUCUGCAGCAUGAGGAGGUGAUGCUCCGAUACCUGCCCGCGUUUGCGCGGGAGCUAGAGGUGGGCACAGAGCUGGCUGUGCGCAACAAUGUGGUAGUGGUCAUGUGUGACCUGUGCGUGCGCUACCCCAACACGCUGACCCGCUACAUCCCUAACAUCUCCGCCUGCCUGCGUGACCCCGAGCCCCUCAUCAGAGGGCAGACACUCAUCAUGCUCACCAACCUGCUGCAGGAGGAGUUUGUGAAGUGGAAGGGCACUCUCUUCUAUCGCUUCACUGCUGUGCUGGUGGACCAGGAUCCCUCCAUUGCAGAUCUCUGUGAGUACUGCCUGGUGGACCUGCUCUUGAAGAAGAACCCACUGAUGUUCUCCCAGCACUUCAUCGAGUGCAUCUUCCACUUCAACUCCUACGACAAGCACAAGAAAUACAACAAAUUCCCUCAGACAGAGAGUGAGAAGAGCAGGUUUUCUCUCAAAGGGCCUGUGAAUCAGGGCAGGCGGUUCAGGAUCUACAGGUUCUUACUGAAAAACUUCACAGAUGAGCAGCGCUUUAACAUCACAACCAGAAUAAGCCAGGAUGUUCUCGCCUGCUUCGUGGACUCGGAGCUGCCGCUGGACUUGGAGGGUGCCGAUCUGCUUGCCGAUGUGUUUGACGUUCUCUCCCUGAAGGAGAUGAAGCUGACUGUCAUGAGUGGCCCAUCGCCUGGAGACGACACCCCCGAAGACGAGAUGGCCGCCGCCAAAGCAGUGCUACAGAAGAAGCUCGUCUCACAGGUGCAAAAGAAGAACUUUGUGGAGAAUGUGAUCCCCAUGGUGAUCGCGCUGAAGAACCUGCUGGAGGAACAGCGCUCCCCUGUCUUAAAGCACCUCAUGGCCUACCUACAGGCGACCAUGCAGGACUACCGCUCGGAGGUGAAGGAGUUGUUUGCUGCAGAUGAGCAGCUGGCUGCAGAGGUGGAGUUCAACCUCAAGAUGUUCGAGAAGCAGAAGCAGCAGGAACUGGAACAGCAGCUCAGCAAUGUCACCCUGUCACCCAGGCCUAAGGGAAGGGCUGUGUCCUCUCCUGGCUCGGACGCUCAGGCUCAGCAGGGUCCCAUCACCCCUCUCCCCCUUCGCUCUGCGCAGAGGCCCCCACGCUCCCCGAAAUCCUCCGACGCACUCAGACGCCGUACAUUGGCUGCUUUACUGACCCCUGUGGGAGAGCAUGCCUCCCAGACUACAGGAUCCUCAGUACCUGUGAAGGGGAUUUUUGAUGGUAGAGCGAUCAGCACACCACAGGAGAGUAUCAAUGAGGUGACAUUUGGGGAGCAGGUCAGCGCCAUCCAUUAUGAACCAGGCACAGGUAGAAACAGUAUGUCCAGAAAUGAGAGCAUUCUACAUCUGAUGUCACCUGAGCACCAAGCACCCGCGCCCAGGCAGUGGAACGUCAAGUCUCCUGUCGUGAGGAAACGCCGAAGCAGAAGACUGCAAUUAUAAAGACUUUAACGACAACUUUAACGACAUUACAUAUUUUUAGCCUUCACAGCAUACUGUUUAUGACUCGCUUUCUGUCACUGUCCUUCGCACAGCUUUAAUUGCCCUUCACUGUUUUAAAACAUAAUUUCUUUUGUAAAUAAAA